AUGGCGUCCUUUUAUUUUAGCAUGAUUUUAGCAGACAAAAAAAUAUUACUACUUGCAGCAUUUUCUUCUGCUCUGGUGCCACAGUUUGCAAUCCAGCUCCAAGGCAGAUGAGAAUAUAGCCUUCUAAAAGAUUCAGCGGAGGUUGCUGUAGUUUGGCUCUGGUCAGUAGUCAUGUAGCCAGGCAGUGGCCAUCUACCUGCCCCUCACUGGUACUUCUAUGGGGAAAGCAAAGUUGAAAAAGUAGCGUGAUUUCUCAUGGAGCUCCAGCAUGUUGCUUCUUUGACCUCUUCUGUGUGAACAUCGGUGACCAAGGGAUACUGCCUGCUGAAGUUCUGGGCACGCUGGCCUAGUCCAGAAGAAAUGUAUCACAGUGGAGGAGACAGAGGAUGGCAUCGUGGACACCCCACUAGAGAUGUUCCUCCACCUAGAAAUCACCGCUCCAGACCAUACAGAGGAGGCUACCAUGAACACAGAGAUCAUGACAGCUAUGGGUCAUAUCAUGACAACCAAUGUCAUGAUAGAAGUUAUGAUAGUCAAUUUAUGGAGUAUUCAGAAAACUCUUACCCAGAGUACUAUGAGGAAAACCAGUCCUUUAAUGAAUAUAGAGAGCAUAGAGAAUCUGCGUACAAGAGAGGGGGUCGUCAUGAUAGUCACUAUCAUAAAGAAACAUAUUACUGUGGUAGCUACCAGCGAGGACAUGGAGAACCUGCACGAUAUUGGGGCACUGUCCCAGAACCACAAAAUAAGAAAUAUUCCCAUAAAUCUGUUAAGGCCCACAAGAAAGAAAAUGAAAUUCGAGUAAAGACUAGUACAAUACAACCAGCAGAAAAAGUGAUCCAUAACUCCGGUCCCACAAUUGUAACAUUAACACCCGGCAUAACUGAGGAUGCAAGUGAGACUAUGUCCUCUAAAACAAAAAGUCCUGAACGAGAUGCCAAACCACUGGACUGUGAAAAGCCAUCACAGCAAACUGCAAAGCUAGAGAAUAUCAAAACAGAAGAUGUAAUAGAAGAAAGUGCGGGUAAAGAAAUCAUAAACCCACCUUCUGAUCACAAAAUUGAAAUGAUACCUGUUUGUAACAUAAAGACAGAGAUCACUGAAACCAAGAUAGAGGACACUCUUCAAAUUGAGCAAUCUAUAAAGGAAGAAGUAUUGCCAGUGAGGGUGAAUCCUGGAAAAAGGGCCCAUUCAGAGGAAAAAGAUGCUGAUGUGGAACAAAGAGAGGGAGAAUCAUUUGCAGGAAAGAGACUAUGCAGCAACCAAGACAGAGAUAAAGACAACUUGGAGAAGACUGUUCAAAUCCCUUUAUUGGGCAUUUGGGGAGAUAUACCAUCAGAGUCUGUGGAGUCUGCUGGGACCAGUGAACAAGAGAACACCGGAUCUGCUCUGAUCUGUCAACUAACUGACACUGCACAAGAAUUGCGCACAGCUUUUAUUUUGGCAAAAAAAGAACAGAUUGAAGUAGCCUUUGCUCAAGACUGCAAAACAUUUGCUUUUGUUGCCAGCACAUUGCUGAAAAAAGACCCAUCUAUGGAGGCCACUGUGACAAGUGCACUGCGCUCCACCUUGCAGGACAUGGCUGGACUCUGUGUGCAGGAACUGAAUAACUUCAUAGACCACUAUGACUCAGGCGCAUGAAGAACAAAAAUUAUGUCUGAGGUUUCGGAGUAAUAUUCUUGACUAUUUCCAGUCAGCAAGCUUGCUUGUUGAGUAGAAAGUAUUGUUUUGUGUUUUCUUCUCUGUGAAAUAAACAGGUAUUUUUAUGUUUUUCAAAGAAUUCUACAACACAAUAAAGAGAAGGGCAAAAGAAAUUAAGCAAAAAGACGAUAAUAAUGUUGCACUAAAAAGGCACAUUAAAAAUCACUUAUUCUGCCAAAACCGUCCCUUAAAUAACAGCAGAGUUGUUUCUUGCCCUUGAGUACAAAAUCCCCUUCCCUGCUUCCUUCAUUAUUGGGCUGAGCUCUCAUGAAGUACUUUGCUUUUGUAAUUGGGAAAACUUUGUGCCUGUUCAUUGAUCAGUUCCCUGUUGUCCCUAUAGGAUGUUGUGGUUGGUGCUAUUGGAAUAGGUAGUUUCUUUAAAACUAACCCAGCUGCAUCGGUGAAGCCUAAGGCUGAGUUAAGUCUGACUGACGCUGAAAAAUUGUAAGAUCCUAGUUUAGGCUACUCCACAAUGAAACCUCUAUGAGUGUAUGGCAAGCCAGAUGGAAAGCCACAUAGCAAAAGAUUGCAAACUGCGCCUCACCACCGUUGCAUCAUAGAAUUAUUACCUCUAUGUAAACUAUGUUUCAAGAUACUGGGAGACAUUUUUUUUUUUUUUUCCAGAGUCUUAGACCCUGUCAGCUUAAUAUGCCACUUUUGUACUCUCACAGGGGGAGAUUUAGCAAAACCAAUCAGAUCACUUCUUUCAUUUUUAACCUCUUAAGGAUGCAGGGCAUACCUGUAUGCCCUGCACCCGGCAUAUAAUGUGGGUUUAUGUGGUGACUCCGUGUCAUAUUGGGUCGGUCCUGCGGUAUUAACCCCUUAGACCCGGCGAUCAAAGUUGAUCGCUGCUUCUAAAAUGUCAGGCUGAUCGGGACCACUGGGGUGAACACAUGAGGAGGGUCCCUACCUUCCUCCUCGGUGUCUGAUCGGCGAUUCAUUGCUCCAAGCUUGAGAUCCAGGCUAGAGCAAUCGAGCACCUAAAACCCUGAUCGGUGCAAUGUUAUGGCAUGGCAUUUAUCAGUGUCUGCAAUCAAUGUA